UUUAAGGAAUUUUGUAACAUGGUGAAUUUUUUGUGCAGUGGUCGCCAUGCGUUGAAAGCCAAAAUGGUUGAGCUUGGAUAUGACUUUGACGGCAAAGAACUUGAUGACCUCUUUCAUCGAUUCAAGUCACUGGCUGAGAGGAAAAAGAAAAUUACAAAUCAUGACUUGAGAGCACUUGUAUCAGAUGAAGUUUUCCAGCCUCAAGUUUCCUGGCAACUUGGAGAUGUACAGAUUACUUGUGGAAGUGUUGGCCUCUCUACAGCAAAUGUUAAGCUUAUUGACAGUGAUGGUCAUGAGCACACUGCCUCUUCUGUUGGAACAGGACCUGUUGAUGCAGCUUACAAGGCAGUUGACCUCAUUGUUAAGGUACCUGUAACACUCGUUGAAUAUUCGGUGAAUUCAAUCACAGAACGUAUAGAUUCCAUAGCUUCAACCAAAGUGUUAGUUCGUGGGAAUGAUGACUAUGCAUCGUUUAAUACUUCAAACGGGCGAACAGUUAAUCGUACAGUUAGGUACGAAACAUACAGAAAUACUGUUUCCCCUUAUCCUUAUUUCCCUUAAUUAAUCAAUAGUAAUAUUCUUUCAUGCAUAUAUAAUGUGGGAACAUGAAGAUGACAGAGAAAAAAAUUAAAACGAUUUUUUCCUAAAGGAGGAAAUAGCAUGUGAUAGGAAUGAAGUGUUGUCAGUUUUGUAUAGUUCUCAAAGUCUAUGGUACUACGGGAAUUUAGAGCCAACCUGAGAAUAGAAAGUAUCAUAUCAGAA